AGCCGCGGCUCUGCUCCAACACCCAUCGGCUGCCGAGCUCGAGCAACGCUCCAGCCCAGCAGACUCGUUGCCUGAGGAAGAAGAGAGAAAAUAACAGAGAGAUGCGAUUCUACACGGGAGACGAAGCCGGGCUCGUCAAAGCCGUCCACUUCGUAGCACCAAAGGCCGAGGCAAAGCCUGUCUCUACCAAGGGCAAGCCCAAGCACGACAAACUCGACAAGGACAAUGAUCAGCCCGAGCAGCGGCCCGUGGUCCAAGCUUGGGGAUCUGUGGACAAGAUCAUGGGUAUUCAGAUGAUGGCUUGGGCAAGCGAUAAGCAGAUCGUCGUUGCCCGCAACUCUGGGCAGAUUCAGUAUAUCUCGACCCAAACCGGAUCCGUGGUUCGGGAAUAUAUGCACAUUCAUCACCCGGCGGAUGCAACCAACGUGGGCAUCAGCCCGUCUCUGUCCAAGUUGGAGCACUUUGUCGGACUGCACGAAACGGAGGGAACCCUGAUCUCAUGCACAAGCCAUGGACGAGUGAUAUACGACCGUAUCUCAGAGAGCGAGACGGCGCUUCCAAGCCUGGCGGUAUCGCUUGGCCAGGAUCAGCUGUGCCGGAUGCGAGUCAGCGCAUCUCAACCCAACAUCUUUGUCACAGGAGGAAAGGAGCGAGAAAUCGCUAUUUGGGACAUCAACAGGGCAAAGGAGUCGGCCCUCCAGCCAAUCUGGAAAUCGAAAAAUGUCAAGAACGACUUUCUCGAUCUGCGAGUGCCGGUUUGGAACACGGACAUUCAAUGGUGUACUCCUUCCGAUACCACAAAGUUUGUCGUCGGCACCGGUCACCAUCAGAUUCGCCUCUAUGACACCAAGGCAGCCCGUCGUCCGGUGAUCAGCAAAGAAGUCGGCGAGCAUCCCGUGCGGGCUCUGGCACUGGCGGAGAACGGACAGGAAGUUAUCCUGUCGGAUACAACCGAUUUGAUGAUGAGCUUUGAUCUGCGGAUGCAAAAGGUCGUUGCCAGAUACAAGGGUCUGGACGGAUGCGUCACAAGCAACUACGCCUGUGGAAACGAAAAGUCGGUCGUCUCGGUCUCGAUGGAUCGCCACCUGAGAGUCCACGCACGGACUAGCAAGGCCAAUCUGCUCAAGAAAGUCUAUCUGACGCAGCGACUGAGCGCCGUGCUUGUAGAUGAGGAGUGGGUGGACGAAUCCUCCACAACAAAAUCAACUCGCGAUACCCAGAUCGGCGAAGGCCUAUCCCAUCGAGCGAAAGCUGCGGCCGUCGGAGAUGACGGCGACGACGAGGAUGAGGAUAUUUGGGAGCGAAUGAAACAGGUGGAUGAGGAAAACGAAUAUGACGCAGAGGCGCCUCGGCCCAAGAAGAGGAAGCUGCUGGAGAAGAAGGUGAAGCGAAAGACGGCCUUCAUCGUGGCGGAUAAGUGAAGGAGCUUAUGAAUACAUGGGGCCCUUGAGACGAAUUGACUCGAUAUCGAUCAGGCGGAUUUGCCUGCCACACUCUUUCUCCGAGAUCAUG